AUGGCCUCCUCAUGGUACCAGUCAUUCAUCGAGAACGGCUAUGCUGUUGUGCCUGGGGUUAUCAGUAAUGAAAAGGCCGCAGAAUAUCAACAAGCUGCACUCGACUGGCUCAAAUCCUUUAAUAAUCCUCAACUGGAUUACUCAGAUCCUUCAACCUGGACUACACCCAACCUUCCACACAUGCACCCCGCCAAUCUCUUUAUGCAUUAUGGUGUAGCGCACGAGAAAUUCAUAUGGGACAUCCGCCAGGAGCAACGCAUCAUCGACGUCUUUUCCGAGCUAUGGAACACCGACGAGCUGCUCGUCUCUUUCGACGCACUGAACAUCACGCUACCAAAUCGACCUGAGCACGAGCCGCGGAAGCCAUGGCCGCACGUAGAUCAGUCACCGUUCCGUCGAGGUCUUCAUUGUGUCCAAGGCAUCGCCAAUCUAUCCAAGUCCGGGCCCGAAGAUGGAGGAUUAACAGUUUACCCCGGAUCUCAUAAGGCUGUUGAAAGUUUCUUCGAUGAACAAACUGACAGGUCGAAAUGGGAACGGAACGACUUUUACAAAUUCACAGAAGACCAGAUCUCGUGGUUCUAUGAUCAGGGGUUUAAACCUCACAAGGUCACCGCUGAAGCCGGUGAUCUCAUCAUCUGGGAUUCGCGAUUGAUCCAUUACGGCGCAGAACCAACCAAGGCGAGCGACACCAUCAGGACAGUUGCUUAUGUUGCUUACGCUCCGGCGAAGCUUGCAAGCCCUGAAACUUUAAAGAAGAAGAAGGAAGGACUGGAAAACUGGCUAGCGACGACACACCGACCCCAUGAGGAUAUUUUGUUGAGACCAAUUUACCCGACUUUACUAGAUGGGACUAUUGAUGAGAGACGAAGCGAGCCAUUGAACAAGCCUGAGCUGACAGAUCGGUUAUUAAAGCUAGCAGGAGUAAAGGCAUAUUAA